AUGGGUCUUCGACGGUCAGACCACCGGCGCACGGAUGUCCAGGCUCUUCUCCUCCCCGGCCGCGAUUCGAAUCUGCACAGACAGCUCAGACUGGCAAUCAACAACCUGAACCUGAACCCGAACCCGAACCCGAACCCGCCCUAUACCGCACGCAAAGACCGAACAUCCACAUUCACAUCCACAUCUACAUCCACAUCCAUCACCCAUGCCCAGGCAGUCAUCAUUCUGGCCGUACUCGAGUGGGAACGGGGCCGACACCAUUCUGCGAGACUGUACCUAGAUGCCGCUUUCGACAUCAUGGCCGACAUCCAGAAUCUGCACCUGGACCUCCAGCUAAACUUCUCCGACGACGAACUGAUUGUGCAUCGCAUGGUCUUGCGUGCCGGCAGCCUGAUUGACAGUCACUGGUCCCUCUUCGAGCACAGUUCCGCCGUCUGCGCGAGUCCUAGGACACAGAGUGACUGUGAUGGUGACCGUGAUCGGCCUCGCAUUCACUCCUUGAAUCUGGCCACUUCGCAUCAUCUCCUCAGCAACCCCCAGUCGCUUACGACGGAACCCAAUCUGAACUCGCACAUCUACAAUGCACACUUGGAGCUCAUGGCCAUCGCCACAGAUGCCAUGCAGCAGCUCCAGUCGUCGCCGCCACCGUCACCGUCACAGUCACCGCUACAGUCACCGCCGGUUCACUGCGCGGAACUUCCAUUCCCUCUCUUGACACAGCUCGAUCAUCGGCUGAGGUCCUGGUACACCGGUCUUCCGGACCAUCUGAGCUGGAAACACCACACACAGAGAUAUGUGACUCCAGCUCCAAGUCUCUUUCUUCUCCAUCAACAAUUCCAUGCCGUCCUUAUCCUUCUAUACCGUCCCUUUGCAUCACGGGAGUCAUUGAUGAGCAGUCUGGACCAAGUGGAUGGCUCCAACAUCAACCAAUUCUCAGAGUCAUUCCGCAACGUUCUGCUUACCCACGCCAUGCGGAUGGCCGAUCUUCUCUCAGAGUAUCACCGUCGGUUUGAGCCUGGGGCAAUCUUCCCCCUCGCGGUUCAGCAGGGAGCUCUCGCAGCCAGCGUCAUUCUCGCCAGCAUAACACGCAUAGAGCCCGGCCACGAUCUGAGAAAUCCCGCUCUUCGCCACCUCGAGUUUCUGCAGCGGUUUUUCACUGAUCUGUCGCCAAUCCAAGCGCCAGCUGAACGACUCGCUCGGACCUUACGCAGUCUCCUAGAUGCGACGACCGGUGGCAGCAGUCCCGCUGAGACACGGCAAGCUUGCAUGCAGCAGCCGCAAAGAAGCUUAGAGACGCCGAACUCAGAUGACAGAAACGUGACCGAAAAGGUCCCAGUCGGCGGGGGAUCCAACAACACGAUCUGGCUCGACUAUGACGACCAGAGAGGUGGUCAGGAAUGCAACCUGCCAGAGGAGCGACUCAGUGACGAUUGGAUGGCAAUACAGCAGCAAGAGGCGCCCACCGUCACCGUUACUGCCGGCGUCGAGACAUACACGAGGUCACCGAACCGUGUUACGGACGGGUCAGAUCCAACAAUAGACGUGGACCGUAGACCAGAAGCAUCACCUUGUGCUUCCAACAAUGCCUCGACCGAGUUGCUUCGCUCUCAUAGUCAAUCAUCCAGCCGCCGCCGCAGUGCAAUAGGGUUGGAAAGUACGCCUUCCUCCUCGCACACAGGUAUCAACAGAGGGCUUGGCUACCUGGGGUCUAUCGACCUGUCCCCGGUAUCCGAAGGGUUGCUGCUCGACCAGUUCCCUCUCGGCCCGGAAGACAUAGGCGUGUCAGGCGCCACAGAAGUGGAUCACUUCGAAUUCUGGGACGGGGAUGCUAUCUGCGUGUCGUGGUCUGAAACAUUCAAGGCGCUUGGAGCUGUGAACAGGCGGCGCGGGUCCGAGAAGAUGAACGUCAAUGAUUUCGGCGAUGUCAUGGGGUGCGUUUUCAAACUGUGA